AUAAAAUAAUAAAGGGGUGGAGAGGAGAAGUAAACCCUAGAGUAGAGAAUGGAAGGUGAGGGUGGGGAGAGGAAAAGAGGCGCACGUUUAUGCUGCGUGUGCAAGAAAUCAAGAGCUUCGGUGAAGAGGCCGAAAACCCUAGAGCAGAUAUGCAGGGAGUGCUUCUACGAUGCUUUUGAGUCUGAGAUCCAUCAGGUAAUUCUUGAGAAUCAGCUCUUCAGCCCUGGUGAACGCGUCGCAAUCGGCGCUUCUGGCGGAAAGGAUUCCACCGUCCUUGCCUACGUCCUCUCCAAGCUCAACCGCCUCCACAAUUACGGCCUCCAUCUCUUCCUCCUCUCCGUCGACGAGGGCAUCACCGGCUACCGCGACGACUCUCUGGAAACUGUUCACCGGAACCAGAUUCAGUACGGGCUCCCUCUCAAAGUUGUAUCUUACAAGGACCUCUACGGAUGGACUAUGGACGAGAUCGUGCGAGUGAUUGGUUUGAAAAACAAUUGCACUUUCUGCGGCGUCUUCCGUCGACAGGCCCUUGACCGAGGUGCUUCUCUCUUGAAAGUGGACAAAGUCGUUACUGGGCACAAUGCCGAUGAUAUUGCCGAGACCGUCCUCCUCAACCUCCUCCGAGGAGAUGUUGCCCGAUUGAGUAGAUGCACCUCUAUAACCACCGGUGAGGAUGGCCCCAUUCCCCGAUGCAAACCUUUCAAGUAUACUUACGAGAAGGAGAUUGUCAUGUAUGCUUAUUUCAAGAAGCUCGAUUACUUUUCCACCGAAUGCAUUUACUCUCCUAAUGCAUAUCGAGGUUUUGCUCGCGAGUUCAUCAAAGAUUUGGAGAGAAUCAGACCUAGGGCCAUUCUGGACAUCAUCAAAUCAGGGGAGAAUUUCAGGAUUUCUACUAGUACCAAGAUGCCAGAGCAGGGAACAUGCGAACGCUGCGGUUAUAUUUCUAGUCAGAAAUGGUGUAAAGCUUGUGUUCUGCUUGAUGGACUGAAUAGAGGUUUGCCUAAACUGGGGAUUGGACGAAGUCGUGGCAGUGUUGCUUCUGAUAAUGGAAAUGAAAGUAAAGUAGAAAAGAGCAUCCAGGGCAAACAAUGUACAACUCUAGACUUCUGAUUUCCCACAUCACACCUAUCAGCGAGACGAGGCUUCCUGUUCCUGAAAUUCAGGGUUUAAAGAAAAGUUGCACUGUUUCCAGAUUAUUACUAGUCAAUUUAAUCAUAUAUCUUUAGCUUUAUUUCUGUGGGCAACGGUCAUGUUGUCAUUUGUCGGCUUCUCAUAAUCAAUGGAUACUAAUGCUCUGGUGGAGAGAAAGUGAGCGAAGAAAAAAAAAAUAGAAGGAAAUAAAUAUUUGAAAUUUUGUGGUUGAAAGUUAACCUUUCUUUUCUCACUUUUUUUCUAAUCAAACAAAAGAAAAUAUUGUCAUCCAUAUUUUCCUUUGUCUACUUGUUUCAGUAACACCCGAAUUCUAAGUAUUAGGAGAAGACUGCUUUUUAACACCAUGUUAUUUAUAUUAUAUUUGUUGAUUGAUUAGAGAUA